GAAACUAUUUUAUAACAGCUUAUUUUUGUAUUCUGAUUUUCUCAGGACAAGAUAACAACCUCGGAAAGCCUGCUAAUCGGCAAUUGCAUGGCAAAGUCGGUCAAGAACUUUUUCAUCGGGGCCGUCGCCUCUUCCGCUGUAGUUUACAGAGCAACUAGGAGACUUGGGCGUUGGUACAGCUUCUACCUUUCAGCAGGUUCAGGCCUGCUCAUUGGAAGGAUGGUGAUUGAUAGGUCUGCAAAUGCAUGCCUUGAACAAAUAUUAAGUAUUGAAGGUAGUAGGAUGCAAAGAGAAUUAGCAAAUAUUAUAUUAUGGAAGCAUAGAGAAAGCCCAUCAAGAAUGCAGAUGGUACUCAAGUAUUUUUAUCCAGAGGUAGUAUUUACUGAUCAAAAACCUGAUACGCCCCUCAUAAGGUGGAGGGCAAGGAAUGUCUAUGAAGAUGAAACCACUUCCCAAAGAAUUGAAGACAAUGGCGACUGCAGCGAUGAUGUAGAUGCCAAAGCGCUGUCCCCUGGUCAAUCUAAGAGCAAACUGGGUCCUGUAAAUACAUUCCAUGGCAACCUGGGUGAAGAUUUGCUUACAGAUCCACUAGAUUGCAUCGUCUUCGGUAAUCAAGAAUCGAGCGAGGAGAUUCAUCAUGCCGACGGCGCCAAAAUCCGGCGAAGUCAGCGACGUGCUCAAAGGACCGGUCGCCGGCACCACCGAGACCAUGAAACAUAUUCUCAUUCAACAAAAGGCUAGCUGAAAUUGCCUACAGACCUGAAUAAUCUGACUAUGCUGAACCAGAUUUCUUUUCUAGAUUACCCUUUUAAUCUGAAUAGCUGUUUGUCCAUUGCCUCUUCAUGACCAUCUCAUAUUUUGAUUGGCAAAUUUAUUACAUUUGUUGGUCAAGAAGCAAUAUAGUGAAUUCAUGUUUGUCUAAAACUAGUUUAGUAGUUGGAAUCUUAAACCUAUACAAUAUCUUUUUAGCAGUAAAGCCUUGUAUGUGGAAACUUUUUUAUGGUAUAUUCUAAAAUCUGGAAAAACUGGAUGAAGAAUUUUAAUUUAAGUGUCUCAUUAUUCUGUGCGGAUGCGGAACAUAAUUUAUUGUCUGGAGAUCAAUCAGAAUGUGCCACGUCAGCAGUACCGAGCAGCGAUACCGAGCAGUACCGAGCAGGGGGUGAUGUGAUGCAUUCUGGUUGGUCUCUGGACGGUGUUCAGUGUCUGCAUAGAAUAAUUUCUCAUGUUUGGGAUAGCUGCAAUUUUUCAUGAAGUUGGUUAUGAAGUUGCAAUGGAGGAAAUAGCUUUAGGCUUCA